AUGUUGUUUGAUCUACAAGUGGAAUUAAAGGCGCUCACUAUCUCACUUAACCCAAACUUGUUGUUUGAAAAGAUAUCCAGUAAUUCGUUACUGGUUAAGUAUCUUAGCGUCCUAUCUACUCCUGAUACUGCUUUCAUCCCAGUUUUCCCUUCAUGGCCACAAAACAUUUUUAUCAUGAAUUCCGUUUGGUUUACUCUGGGAACUCUUUUGACGUGCACUUGCACUAGAAUUACACUUUGCAAUUCUCUGCUGGGAAACAAGGAUUUGGAUGAGGUACUUAGGAAUUGGAAGGCUGGAGGAUUCCCGAAUCUAGAAUAUCUAUACAUCGGGAGUCACAAUAUUACGAAUAAUGGUACGACGAUUUUGGAAAUGAAUCCUUCAGAAUUGCGGGGAAAGGAUAUCCAAACCGAUGAUGGAUCAAAGGAGGCAACUAUUAACACUGGUUACGGUAGUAUUGUAAUGUCUGUGACUCCAUUAUAA